UGGGUAAUUUGAGCAGGACACCAGAGUCCUGUGGCUCUGCCGACAUGAACAUGGGAAUGAUGACUGGAUGAGUGGAUGGGUGUGAGUCUGCUCCCCAGAGAAACUUUGACACAUUUCGUUGUAAGCACAAAUUGAAUGUAUAAUUUAUGUGUUUUUUGUAGGUAGACAACAGUUAUUGUGGGAUCCUUUUAGUGACGGCGAUCUCUAUAUAACCAACUCCUUGUUAGGCCCAGGCCCAACAGAGCCUCCUGGCAGCGUCAGUUUUCCGCAGGAGUACUUUUCUGGUUAUACUUUUCUCUAUAAAUUUUACGAUGUAUAGUAUCACUUCCCACGAAAAAUCGGUUGGCUUUUGAUCAACGGGAUCCAGGCAAAUAAUAACUUGUGCCUUGACAUUUCUGGCGUCCUCUCAAUCGUUUUUAUGAAUUUUCACUGUCAAUGCCAAAGAUUCAAUUGGUGAUGACGUAAAUUACAAUGAUUUGUUGCCACUUAUGCUUUCCGUUCGAGUGUAAUUAUAUUUGUGUAAUUCCGUUUUGCCGCCACUUUCGUUUACCGCCAUUAACAAAGCUAUUUGCUGACGCUUUUGGCUUGUCACCAGACUUGACCCACACACAAACCGACAAACAAUCAAGAUCUCAUUACUGCCUGUCCCUCCGUCCGCCAGUCCGUGGACCCUUGUCAGGGUUGUUGUCUGUGCAAACGAACAUAUUCAUUGAGCAGCUUGUACAGAGCCAAACAAUGCUAAUCCAUUCGAUAUGGCAUGCCCGGAUUAGCUACCACAUCCGCAUAUUGCAGAACUUGUUCUCUGAAAAUUCGAUCUUCGAUUGGGUAUAAAAGCCCUGGCCUUUCUGGGGAAUGGCAUCAGUCAACGCACUUCCUCCAAUCUUUGAGAACGUUCGUCCAACACAAACCCAAAACCCAAAACCCAAACCCAAAACAAAUAUCAACAUGAAGUUCCUCAUCUGCUUGGCUCUGUUCAUCGCCGCCGCCCAGGCUCAUGUUGUGGCUCCCGCUGUGGCCACCUAUGCGGCUGCUCCGGCCCUGACCUACGCCGCAGCCCCAGGCCUGGCCUAUGCCGCUCGGGUGACCACCUACUCCGCCGCCUAUCCACGUGCCUACUCCGCCUACGCUCCUUCGGUCUACUCCUCCGCAUAUCUGGGAUCGACCUCAGUCUAUUCGGCCUACGCUGCUCCCGUCACCACCUAUGCCGCUGGCCCCGCUGUGGUCUCCACCUUGCUGAAGAAGUAAUCGCUUUGGAUCGAUCAAAUGAAAUGGAAUUAUGUCAAGGAUUUGUGAAAUUAAAUGAAGUUGAAA